AUGUCGCGAAACCCAAGGCAGCGGCGCGAGCGCCGCGCCAAGAUGAGCGAGGAGGACGAGAUGGCCUUCUACGAGAAGCGCUUCCGUGAGCGGAACCCCAACUUUCGCCGCGGUACCGGCGGUGCCGGCGUCAUUAGCAUGAACACACCUGCCCUCGUCGAGUCCAUGCUCGACCUGGCCGAGAUGAACCCGUACGACAUCGACUCGGUCACCGACAAGGACGCUGUGGCGCUGUCGCUGCUGGACGACCCUACCCUGCCGGACGAAGACCGCGCAGUUCUUGCCGCCGCUCUUCGUCGCAAGGGCGUGCUGCGGAACCGCCCGCCACCGUCAUCGUCAUCGGCCGUGCGCGGCCGCGGGCGUGGCCCGGACUCGCGCUCGCGCUCGAGGCUCACGGUCCCAUGGUUCGCGGGAGCGAGGGUCAUCACCGCGAACCAAGACAUCGUCGUCUACCUGUCCUGGCUGCAAUCAGGCCCUGAGCUCAGGCUCAACAAAGUUCUGUGUCGAGUGCGGAACACGACUGGCGCCGAGCAGUACGUGAUCCCGACAACGACUGCGCUGUUCUAUUCCCGUCGUCGCCCGGGCCAGGGCUCGUGGUCGCGCAUGGCCGGAGCUCGGCUUUAA